AUGUUAAACGCCCUGCCAUUACUCGUCAGUGUUGGAUCCAGCAUUCGGAGCGGUUCGGGGGAAAGUUUUAUAGAGGAUUACCAUGUAUCCACCGACGUGACCGUGCUGGUGACGAGGGUUCACCUUUGGUCCUCUCAUGUUUGGCUCUCGUUCAGAGCGUAUUGGUCUCAAAUUGCCUAUCCUUCUCGGCGUCAUCCUGUUCUCAAAGUUUUGCCGGCCUAUUACCCUGGCACAAAACUUCUAUACGAUCUGAUCUUGCGCUUCUUUGACGGACUUUUCGGUUCGGCUGCCAUGGCCGUAACCGGAGGUGCUGUGGCUGAUAUCUGGCCAGAUCCCAUCUCUCGGGGGAUCUGCAUGGAUAUCAUCGUGACGGGAUUUUUCGGGCCUAUCCUGGGCCCCAUCAGCUGGGUUAUGUGGAUCACUGCUAUCGUCGCUUACAGCUGCACCAUCUUUGCAUUCUUCACCAUCCGCGAAACGUAUGCUCUGGCUCUGUUGACGCGGAAAUCUGCUCGCCCGCGUCUGAGGACUAAGUCUUGGGUGCUACACAGUAAUCUAGAGGAACAAGAUGCUGAUCUGAAGACUUUUGCGAAUGUAUACUUGGUACAGCCUUGGUGUAUGGUUCCGUUGACUUUUAUGAUACCGGCUAACAAAGGUACUGGAAAGUCACCUCGGACAACAACACAAAAACUGACCUGUAAACUCCUUUGCAUACGGUCUUCUUUUCCUCUUCUUCAACGGAUUCCUAUUGCCUUCCACGAAGUCAGCGGGACGGAACCGCAAAUCGCCGCCCUCCCCUUCCUGGGUCUGGCCAUUGACAUUGUGAUCGCUGUGUGCUGCAUUAUCUACUACACCCUGACUAUCUACAAGCAUCAGGUGGGCUCCAAUCCGGGGGCUAUUUUGCCGGUGUCGACUCCGAUGAUAAUAAUGGGCGCCGCACUCCUCCCUUCGGGCAUGUUCUGGACCGCUUGGACUUGCCAUAUUUCGACGCUGUGGCCUGUCCAAGUAGCCGCCUAUAUUGUGGUGGGUGCAGCGCUCUUCAUCGUUUCUGUGCAAGGCUUCAAGUAUCUGGUCGACGUAUAUCUGAAUGUCGUCAACAGUGCCAUCUCCGGUAACAGCUUUGCCCGAAGCUUCUUCGGAGCGGGAUUCCCGUUGUUCUCGACGGCUCUAUAUCACAAUCUAGGGUUGCUAUGGAUGACGAGUCUGUUGAGAUUUAUAGCGCUGGCGCUGGCCCCAGUCCCGGUCCUUUAUUUCAUCUAUGGCAAGAAGAUCCGGUCAUUUUCGAAGAAUGCGCUGGCGGUGUGA